AUGUAACUAAUCAUAGGUAUAUUUUGCUUAUUAUAAAUUUAUAGCCUAUGAACUUUGGUUCGAUUAGGUUAACAGAUUUAAUCAAAGUGAUUGGGCUAAUUUUGAUUUAAGUAAAUUAUAAAAUUAGAUAUUAAUAUUACAUUUUAUAAUAAUGUUGCCUGGAGAAUAUAAAUAUUUGAGCAUUAUUGCGAGAACCUGGAAUGAAGUCUAUAUGGCUGAAAAUGUAAUAUCGAAACAAAAAUGCUGCAUCAAACAAGUUUUGAUUGAUUCCUCGUUAAAAGAACGGUUUUCAUUAGAAAUUUAGAUUCUGCAGAAAAUAAAGACUAAUCCUCAUCCUAAUAUCAUUGCGUUUGAAGAUAGCUUCUACUAUGAGAAGGUUACAACAUAGGACAAAGUAAGAAUAUGCCAUUUUAAUGCAGUCUAUCACUUUUGGGUGUAUUGUGAUGGAAUUGGGAAUCACUAAUUUAUCUCAAUACAUUAAGUCUAAGAAGCAGUCUGAUCCUGAUUUUAAAUUCAAAGAAUAAGAUGUGGCUAAUUUUUAUGUCUCCAUGAUCAAGGCACAUACACAUCUCUAAGAGAUGAAGAUCGCUCAUAGAGACAUUAAACCUGAAAAUAUAAUAUUAGUAAAUGACGAGAACUUAAUCUUUAAAGUUUGCGAUGUAAUCAUGUUAUUAUACCAAGCAAGGUGGGUUUUGGAACAGAAAUUAUUGAUGAAGAGUCGAGAUCGCGUACAAUUGGAGGGACCAUAGGAUAUCAAUCUCCAGAAAUCUAUGCAGCAUUUAAAAGAAGAAAACCUUAAGCUAAGUACAAUCCAUAUAAGAGCGAUGUGUUCUCAUUGGGACUGGUUUUUCUUUUGUUUGCCACCACUCAAGUUAUUAGUAAAUAGGUAAAUGAUGAGACUUAAAUUGAUUAGCAAAGAGAGGAGUUAUUUGAUGACGAGAGGAAGUUAAAUAAUUAUUUAAAGGUGUUGAGGAGAAAGAUCAAGGAGACUUAUCCUCGGAUCAAGGGGAUUUCAAAGAUUCUAAAACUAAUGCUGGAGGUUUCACCAGAUGAACGAUAUGACUUCAUUUAAUUGAACGAAAUAAUUCAUGAGAGAGCGUAUCUCGAAGUAAAAUAGGUAAGAUUUGGAAUGCUAUUGAGUAGCCUGCCAAGAUCAAUCACCAGCAUUUACAAUCCAUAACUCAAUUUGAGAAAUUCUAAUUAGAUAUUAAGAAUAAGGAGGAUGUGCAAUUGGAUUUGAAUGGGAUGCAGAACAAAUCGUAAGAGGAGUAACUGAAGGUUCUGGAGGCAAUUGCUCAAUAAGUGAAGAACUUUUAGAUGGUCACUUUGCAAAUAAAAUUGGAGAUGAGUAAUUUAAAUGUAAAAACUGUGGCUCCAUUGGAGAAGAUUCUGAGCAGGGCUUUGAAUUUAAAGGAGUUAUCACUGCAAUUCUGGAAGUAUUGAAAUAUGUCUAACCUCAAAGUAACAGAUUAGGGAAUUUGGGUUUGUUGAUGUUGUCAAAGGCAAUAAUGAAGAUGGUGGGUCUGAAGAGGUUAAAUUUAGAAGUAUCGAGCAAUAUGCUCUCAGAUGAAGGGAUAAAUAAUUCAUUGCCUCUUCUGGAGAAUUUGGUAUAAAUGGAGGAACUCCGAUUGGAUUUUGGAUUGUAUAAGUAUGUUAAUAAAUGAAGAAACCAUCUUCCUAUUGAAUGUUGUGAAGCCUUUUUCACAGUGAUUUGUGCGAUGCCAAAGUUAAAGAAGUUGGACCUGAAUUUGGAGAGCAAUUACAUGAAUCAAGUGUUGUCAAAGAUGGUCAAUCAAUCACUUAAGAAGUUGCCGAAUUUGACUCAUUUGAUCAUAAAUUUUUCGAAGUAAGAGACAUAAUGUAUUGAUUAGUAAUCCAAUACAGAACGAGGGAUUUUAUGAAUUGGGAGAGAGUAUACAAGGGUUGGAGUAUUGCGAGUUGAUUUUAUGGAGUUGCGAAAUAAAGGAUUUGGGUAUGGAGGAGUUUGCAAAGGAGUUGUCGAAGUGUCAGAAGUUGAAACAAUUGAAUUUGGUGUUGUGGAAUAAUUCAAUUACCAAGAGAGGUUGCGAGGCUUUGGGAUAGGCAUUGUUGAAGUUGCCCCAACUGAGUGUGUUGGUGAUUGACUUAUCGAAGAAUAGGAUUGAAGAUGAUGGUGUAAGGUUUUUGGCAAAGGCAAUUCAUGAGAUGCAACAGUCUUUGAGGGAACUGAAGCUUUGGAUUGAAAAGUAUGAUGGAUUAAUGAUUAUGCAAGUGUUAAUUGUACUUGUUAUGGGUUGAGAUAUGUGAAUAGAUUUCUGACGAGUCAGAGGAAAUUGCGGAGUAUAAAUUUGAACUUUAGAUCCAAUCAGAUAGGAUUGAAUGGGAUGGAGUUGCUGUAUAAUUGUUUUGGAGAAGCAGUGCAAUUGGAGGAAGUGAAGAUGAUUUUGGAUCAGUAUCAUUCCAUUGUAUGUAGUAAUCCAUUAGGCGAGAAAGGAGUGGACACCUUGUUUUAGGGAUUGCAGAAGUUGAAAUAGUUGUAGAAGUUGAUUUUGAGUUUGGAGAGCGUUCAGGGCACAGGGGGUUAGGUUACUGUGAUGCUUCAGUCGAUAAGGUCGUGGACAGGACUGAAGGAGAUGCACGUGAAUUUCUUAAAGUAAUAGCGUGGUUGUUGAAUGUUAGGAAUCAAACAGAUUGGGGUGACGAAUUGAAUUUGAGGAACAGAUUGUUGGAAGUGUAGUCCACAGCCAAGAUUAACAUUGAAUUAAAGUUUAUAAAUUAAUAGUGA